GGAGAAAAUUAGAUACCUGACGGCAGCAGACUUACUCAGGAUGAUGGAGAAGACAGGAAGAGUCAUGAUCUGCUGUGUAGCUCUGCUCCUUGUGCUGACCUCUGUGUCGGCUGUACAAAAGCUUCGUUCAAUCAAUGCUUUGAAGAAAAUCAACUUUGGUCAAUUGGUGCCCAAACACAGUCUUGUGCUGCUUCAUUGGUUUGCCAACACAGUGGACAUCGACAAUAACGAUAUCAUAUCGCUGACCUUUGACCCAAACGGAGGAGAUUAUGGCUCACAUCAUUAUGGUAACUAUGAGGGGCUGUUGGACCCACUGCCUCGGGGAAAUGUAUACCGGUACUACACUGUUGGCAAUCUCUAUCAAGGAACAUCCAUGCCACUUCCUGAUUAUGUUGUCCGUCCCCCAGCAACAGAGUAUGAGGGAAGUAACAGGGACAGGAUCAUAAUCCGUGUCACGGAGCAGAACACAGGACGUAGAGCUUUGCAGAGUAUAGACCAAGUUUAUAUCACACAGCAUUAUGACACUUCUGAAAAUCUGGGGACACCAUAUGAUCCAGAUCAUACCUACAUUAUCACUACUAACCUCUUGAGACAGAUCAGACAGUUUUCUGUUGGACAAAACCCACAGCAACUGUUGCAACUCAGAAAUAACUUCGGAAGCAACGCUGAUGUUUCCCACAUCAGAGACACAUGGGGUGACCUUGCUUGCCUUGGACUGCUGUUGUUUA